UAGCCUCGACACCGCAGCUUGGCGACGCGGUUCCGGAGGGGGACCAGAGGUGCUCCCGCGCGCUCAGGGGGCGGCGGCACCGCCGUCCACCUCGGAGGAUCAUGCUGCGAGGCAAGUCCCGGCUCAACGUGGGGUGGCUCGGCUACUCGCCCGGCCUGCUCCUCGAGCACAGACAGCUCUUCACAGAGCGCGCGCCUCGGAGCACUAGCCGAAAUGAAAGUUCAUUAGCAUCUACCCUGAAGACGCUCCUGUUCUUCACAGCUUUAAUGAUCACAGUACCUAUUGGGUUAUAUUUCACGACUAAAUCUUAUGUUUUUGAAGGCGCCUUUGGAAUGUCCAAUAGGGACAGCUAUUUUUAUGCUGCUAUUGUUGCGGUGGUCGCCGUCCACGUGGUGUUGGCCCUCUUUGUUUAUGUGGCCUGGAAUGAAGGCUCACGACAGUGGCGUGAAGGCAAACAGGAUUAAAUUGAACAUCACCUUUUGAUAGCAUUAAAUUGAUUUUUAAAAAUGGUAAAUGUAUCUGGGGUAUUAAUGAUUUCAAUAAAGCUGAGAACAUAUUAAAAUCAAUCUGAAGGAGUCACAUUUGACCUGUGUAAAAUUUGAUCCUUCUAAUGCAAUGAUUUGUAUCAUCAGUUUUAACUGUACGAGCCUCUCAUUUGCAAAUGAGAAUUUGUAACGUUAAGUUGGUCACAAAUAAGUAUGUUAACUUAAUUAUACAUUUGGGAAGAAUUUGAUUAUCUCACAACCAAAAAUGUUUUACAGCAUUUUGUCUUUUGGUUGGUUUUAAGGUUCACUUCUCUGGAUUUGUUAAGAUAUACACAGUGAAGGAAAUCUGAGCUGGGUUUCACUGGAGCGCUUUCCCUUACUAUUACUAAAGUCCUGGGUCAUUGGAUUCUAGGUUGUAAAUUCCUGUGCGAAAUUGCUUGAAUUGUGGAUUUUGGACUUCAUCUGAAUGUCACUGAAAAUUUUGCAUCGAGCGUAAUUCCUAGUCAAUAGGAAUCUUUCUCAUUACAUUAUUUCAUGGGAAGACUAGGCCGGAUCACACCCACACCCUUUUGUGGGAAAGGACUGGUUCAUUGGAGGAUCUACGCAGCAAAGCAAAAAGAUAGCUACCUGGGCACUUAGCCUUUGCAGGCUACCCUAUGCUUUUAGGCUAACUUUUUAAUGAUCUGCUUUGCUCUGGCAUUGAAUAGUGAAGUAAUGCUUUCAUUACAGGGUUUGUGUAAAGUCCCUUUCAGUUUGUUUUUCCUACUUUUCAGUAGUGUAUAUGGUAGGAUUAACAUUUAGGUGUGCCCAUUUUCACAUACUUCCUGAAAGUAGAUUAUUUUUAUCAUCCAGGAAGUAUUCCUGGGAUGGCUAGUCGAGUCUUUUUUAAUCAAAGCUGUUGUACUCCAGAUGUAUAUAGUUAUGUAAUCCUGAGGUCCUAUCUGACAGGAAAAGACCCUGUCGUUUUACUUCGGUACCCUUAGUCUGUUCUUUCCAGCUACUUGGUACUACUUGUGUGCAGUCUAAAAACACACCUGGAAAAAUGUGUAUUGAAACAGGAAGAGAAUUUAAAUGCCGUGUGAUGUUUCCACCUGGAGAUAAACAUUAUUUUGGUUUAUAUUCCAUGUGCAUUUCCUAAUGCUAGUUCGGUACACUGAACAUUUGGUUUAAGUUCAAAUUCUGCCUGUGUUGCCUCAUAGCUAUUUACAUUAUUUUUCUGGAUGAAUGAUUAUUGGCCAUUUUCUUGAAAAAGCACAUUCUACCCUUACUCCUUUUUACUAGUCCAAUUUCCUGUUACUGGCAAUUCCUCAUACAGUGGCCCUUGCUGUUUUUGCCAUUACUCAUUUUUCUGUUCACCCCUAUUUUCGUUGUGCAGCUGGACUAAAGGAAUAGUGAGGUGGUUAGGCAUAAAAGUAAGUAGGCAUUUGUGUUUAAUUGUUGAGGAAAAGUGAAAGAUGACUAUUGUAGGACUCUUAUUUUUGCUUAUAGUUAAAUAUUGUCUGCAGUUAAAAUAUCUUUAAGCCAUUAUUUUAAUUGUAAAGUGUUUUCUUAAAGAUUACAGUUUUAGUAUAAAAUUGUACAAAUUUAAUAUAAAGUUGUAGAAUACCCUGGUUUAAGUUUGGGGUACUGUGUGGUAGAUUUCUAAAUAGUUGUCCCUUUAGAAGCCUUGUUACACGUAGAAUUGUUGUCCACCUAAUUUCUUUUCUAUAAUGCCAAGGUUUUGUACUUUUGAGGUCUCAUGCUGUUUGUAAAAUAAGAAUGUCCAAUGUUAGAUUAUUCUGAUUUCAGAUGUUUGCUGAGUAGAAAAUGAUAUGGGUAUUUUUCUGCAAGUAUUUAAACCAGAGAUUCAUGCAAAAGCAGUUGUAAUUUACUCUUGGAAAAAGUACCAAGUGUUUGAAAGUUAGAAUUGGAUGCUAGAGUUGAUAUUUAAGAUUGUUAAAGUAUAGGCUUGUUUUCAAACCAGUUAAUUUUUUCCCGGAGUUCUGUUAAUUCACUACUUCGCUGCUGUUGAAAUGACAUAUGGUGUUUGACAUACCGAUUUAUUUUUCAAGAUGUCCCACUGAUUUCCUCUUGCACAAUGUACGUACUUCAGGAUGUAUAGAAAGGAAAGCUACAACUGAGCCCUCGUAUGUGUUUUAAGAUAGGACUGUGUUCCCUGUUGUUUGAAAAGGGAUUGUAAGAAUAACCUCAAUUAGGAAGCAUAACUUGAAGUGUCAGCACGAGCUACUGAUAAACACAUUGCCUUCCUCAUCUCACCUCUCAUUUUGCGCCCACCUGCCAGAAUAUAAUCUUUUCUUUCCUGUUGUGCUAGAAAAUGAAGUGUGUUGUAGAAUGCAUCUGAUGUUAUUAGCUCUUCAAGUGGAUAGACACUGUUUUACGUAUUAACAGCAGAAUUCAGUUUUGAGCUGUUACCGAAGGAACUUAAACAUCUUUUUAAAAACCUCCUAUUUCAUGGAAAUCUAACAUAUACAUUGUAAUAACUAGGCUAUUUUCAUCAUAAAAAUCUCAUUACCUUUUCCAAAAGAGCCAGCUGAUUGACAUGUUUGAUAUUUAUCUGCCAUUUUCAUAUAAAUUUUAUAUGUACAGCUAAGAGUACCCAAGGAGACCAGUAAAAACAGUUAAAUAAGGUGUGUGCAAGGAAAAGAUGGUAGCCAAAGGUACAUGAAACAACUAUCGAGUGUGUAUUUCUCAUCUCUAGACAAGUUCGUGUUUAUUGUUUUAUUUAUGAUCAAGUGAAGUCGUAGACCAUUGUUGGCCCACUUUAUAAAUGGGUUCAGCAGUGGCACAGAAUUCGUCACUUGUCUGAGGUCAGCAGCAGAUUUUUUCGGCUGUCAAGCAAUGUGUGUCCUCCAGCAGAAGAGUACAACUGUAUUGGUUCAGACUCUACUCUUACAUUGAAGAUGAGUUUUGUGAGAGCUGGCUGAAGCAACACAUUGAUAACUUGACGAGAUUUCUUUCUUCAUUUGGCAGAAAGGAAAAGGGUCACCUGAGAAGCUACAUUAUUUUCAGGGACUUUGGGAAUCUAACAAUAGCUAUUACAUGUAAUUUAUGAAUAGUCAAAUCCUUUAUAUAUUCAUUAAAAUAGUCUGAAAUUCCCCAAUUUACCCUCACUCCUGGCCACACUUUCCUUUUCUGUUUCAUUGCUUCAUGUUCUUGAGAAUGGAUUCUGCAUUCCUUUUAAGGUAUUCUGUCAUAUUUGUCAGUUACACAUGCUAGUCUUCCUUUUUCUCAAGUUCAGUGAACUCUCACUGGACAAUAAUAGCAAUAGCUAACAACAUCUGCACAGCACCUUACAGUUUGCAAAGAACAUUCACAUAUUUUUUGAGUUUUGCAUAGUGAACCUGCUAUGAGAUGUCUCUUGACAUCCUUGCCGAAGAUGUUAGAAUCUUUAACUCAGUAGAGUCGUUGAGUAUGCUGUAGUCUUUGAAUAGUGCCCUGACUAGGGAUGGGGAUUAGAUGCGCUAUUUUGAAAGCUGUGUGUAAUUAUUGAAAUGGGGGGCUUGAGUUCUUUAGCCACUUGAAUCAGAUUUACUUUUGUAAGUGAUACUUUUCUAACUGUUACCUGGAUGGAUUUUGUAUCCAUUAUAUUCCAGCCUGUAAUUUGUAUAAAUUUACCGUCUGUUGUCAUUAAAAAAGUGUUCUAAAUGCGA